UUUCUCACAACACACGUGGCAGCGGAGACCGGAUCCUUCAUAUGAGUUAUCAAGAGGUCAGGGACAGCUAGGUUGCUGGUUCAAGUGAGUCCGUGUAUGGACCUGUGUUAGUGUCCCAAUAGGAUGUCCCGUCAUGAAGGUGUGAGCUGCGACGCAUGUUUGAAAGGUAACUUUCGGGGGCAGCGGUACAAGUGUUUAAUUUGCUACGACUACGACCUGUGUGCCUCGUGCUACGAGGGCGGAGCCACGACCACCAGACACACGGCAGAGCACGCCAUGCAGUGUAUACUAACCAGGGUCGACUACGACCUGUAUUAUGGGGGAGAGUCCUUCUCGGUGGAGCAGCCCCAGGCUUUCACCUGUCCCUACUGUGGCAGGAUGGGCUACACAGAGACUUCUCUACAGGAGCAUGUGACUGCAGAGCACACAGAGACCUCCUCAGAGGUGAUCUGUCCCAUAUGUGCUGUGCUGCCUGGCGGAGACCCUAAUCACGUGACGGACGACUUCGCUGCUCAUCUCACACUUGAACACAGAGCACCCAGAGACUUGGAUGAGUCGAGCGGGGUGCGGCACAUGCGUAGGAUGAUCCACCCGGGUCGGGGUCUGGGGGGGCCGAGGGCCCGUCGAUCCAACAUGCACUUCACCUCGUCAACCUCCGGGGGGAGCUCUACCACACAGACCUCUACACAGAGCUCCAACUACAACAGGGAGGCCAUGGAUCCUAUAGGAGAGCUGCUGUCCCAGUUGUCAGGGGUGCGUAGGUCGGCGGGCAGCCAGCUGAGUUCAGGUCCUUCAGCCUCCCAGCUACAGCAGCUCCAGAUGCAGCUACAGGUGGAUUGGCAGCAGACCCAGGCUACCAGACAGCAGUUGGAGACGGCCCGGGGCACCUUGCAACGUGGCAGCCGCACCUCCAACCACGCAGGGAAUCACAAUGCCAACCCUGGCGCCAACUUCUUCAACAACCUUAGUCCCAACCCGGAGCAGCAGGAGCCCAACACACAGAGCAGCACCUCCCAGUUCCUUCUCAACAGACUGAGUGAGCCGAGGUUGUCAGAAGCGGAACACCAGCUAUGUGAGGGCCAGUGGGCGGACCGCUCUCUCUUCGUCACAGAGCUCCUCCUCUCCACCCUGCUGGCCAAUCCCGACCACAGCGAAGACGACGACGACGAUCUCCGUGACUACCACGAUGCCGUGACGCGAGGCUCGGAUGCCUUCGCCGCCUUCGAAGAUAUGGCCUGCGUGGGGGUCAUGACCCUAGACGUGGCUCUGCAGAACCUCAACCUCCGAGAACUGAAGAAUGAGCAGCAUCCCCCGGCGUUGCCGUAGCCACCACCAAAGUUGGGGGUGGGGUCUAGAUUGUCAUCUCAUCUGUCACCCCCCCCCCACCACAUUCUAUUACAAAGUGUACAUGACAGGACAGGAUGUGAACGUGAGAGAGCGAGUGUUGUGAGGAAAUUGAACAAUUUCUAAUACAUCUAUAUAAUGAAUGAAAGCGGAUAAUCUAUAUUAUGAAUGAAAGCGGAUAAUCAACACCACAUGAAGACGUGUUUGACUGCUUGGCCCCCAGCAGGUGAACGUAGGUCAGAUAGAUGGGUAGGUAUAGCAGCUUGAUCAUUUAUUAUCAUAGAGUCGUCCACAGACACACAAGAGGACAGACAGACAGUGGGAAGAUCUCAAUUGCACACUCCUUGUCCCCUAUCCCUUAAAACCCAGUGGGUUUUGAGGAGACGUCUUCCCAGAUUCUCUCCUCCUACGCCUCCUGGAUAUUUAUGAAGACUUACUUUGAUGGUUUGCCACAACAAACAUUGUCCAGAUUGUUCACCACUGUUUUCCCUCUUCUCAAAUACAAUCACUGUUCCAUAUUAAACUGCUAUCACAAAUCGGGAGUCGGGUAUCAUCGCAGAGAUGUUUUAACUCCUAUAGGAUAGCAUAUGUGUGUUCGGUCUAUGGCUAACCUUCCUAACCUGCUCUGUCAAUUAUAGGGGGUGUUUUUAAUUAGAAUUUUUA